GAGUGUCCGGUGGGCUCAGCCCACCCCCCCCUCCGGAGGAGCCGUAGCGAUGAUGUUAAAGGGGGAUCCCCCCAUGAGGGAGGGAGGGGGGACCCCUGGGUGCUCCCCUCCCCCAUGCACCCCCCUCCAUCCCCACCCAGGGGUGCCCGGAGCGAUGGGGCACCCAUGGAACCCCCUCCCCCAUCCCGGCCACGCCCCUUUGGUCCAAAGAGGGCGUGGCUGGGUGAGGACACGCCUCCCUGUGCCUGGACACGCCCCCUCCCAGUGCAGACAAGGGGCAUCCGUCCCCCCAAAAUCUGGGAGGAGCCAGGGGUCCAGAAAAGCCCCCCAAAUUCGGGGAGGGUCCAGGUGUUCAGGAGAGCCCCCCCAAAAUCGGGGAGGGCCCAGGUGUUCAGGAGAGCCCCCCCAAAUUCGGGGAGGGUCCUGCGGCCCGGGAGAGCCCCCCAAAUUCGGGGAGGGUCCUGCCGCCCAGGAGAGCCCCCCAAAUUCGGGGAGGGUCCUGCGGCCCAGGAGAGCCCCCCCAGAUUCGGGGAGGGUCCUGCGGCCCGGGCCGCCCCCCGCCCCAUCCUGGGGUCCCCAUCAGGGCUGGGGAGGGGGAUUCGGCUCCGCUCGGCUGUUUCCGUCACGGGCGGAAGCGCCCGAAGGCUGCCAAGAGGUGUUCGGGUAUUUCCGCGUCCACUCGGGUGUUUCGGCUCCACUCGGGUAUUUCCGGCUCCACUCGGAGUCGCGGCGGAGCGGGCGGCGCUCGGCUCUUCCCGCGGCGCUCGGCGGAAAGUCCCGAAGGAAGCUUCGUGCGACUCCGUCGUGGAGGCGGAAACACUCGAAGUCCGUGACGGCCGCGAGCCGAACCUCUCCGGGAAGAGCCGAAGCGGCGCGGGGAGGCGUGUCGGGUGUUUCCGGCGCGGCGGCGGAAAUGGCCGAGGGCCGGCGGCGGCCGCCAUGUUGGGAGCCGCGGGGCGCUGAGGCGGCGGCGGCGUGAGGCGGCGGCGGCGGCCGGGCCGGGCCGGGCGCGGCCCCGCC